AUGCCGACCAUGCCACAGUCACUGGGGAGGGGUCAAAGGUCCGAACGCGCGCAGGCAUACACUCCUUCCAACGAGGAUUCGGGCUCCGGAGGUAACUUGAAUGCACGGGAAGGUGCAGCUCUUGAUAUUGACAGUACAAUAGCAGAAGCUCCGGUCCGUCGACGUUUACAAAAGUCAGCCUCGACUAAUUUUGCCUCAACCAAUACAAAUACCAAUUUCGACACUUCGAAUGGGAUUGCCGGACCGCGCGCGGGUGGGAUGAAUAGGAGACGACUUUCGAUUCGGGAUCAACGAGUGCCUCAGGGGCCACGACCACAAGAGACCUCUCGUUGGAGCAAACCCGCCCCGUACCUUCACUCUGGAAAUUCGUCCAUUGAUUCCACAAUCGAUUCCUCCAAACACUUCAACCUCCGAUCUACGAGCGUGGGGAACCUGGCAAAGGCCGAUGGCAAUAAUACAGAACAGACGGACUUUUUGGCGCCGAUCAAUUUCGACGAUUUUCAUAAUAGCAUCAUGGCCGAGCCUAGUUUGAACCACUUCCCCAUGCCCGGGAAUGGCAGUUCGGGGGAGAACCGUGAAGCGGGUGCUGCGGUCAACCCCUGGGAAUCCAACAACUACACAGCCAACGCGUCGGAACGUACACGGGGUCCUUCUGGUCGACGAAAGAGCGAAGUGCAACGUCCAAACAGUCAGGCCGCUCCAGGUCUAGCAGCGUCAUCGGUGAAUACCACCAAUUCCCGCGCUCGUCGCCAGAGCUUAGCCCAGCCCGCUGCCGGAACUGCUUCGAGGGCCUCACGUAAAUCUAUCAGCUCUGGAGCAUUUGCACCUACAAAUGCUUCGGCCAGACGCGCCAGUUUGAGUGCCCGCAAAGUCAGCACUGAUGUCGGUUCGACAAAUAACCUUCUUCGUCCUGCUCUGCCAGAGUCUGAUGCGAAAGUCCCAUCUUCUGUUCGAAGUCUCAAGGCAAAGUCGUUCCAGCCCAGCCCGCGGGAACCCCGUGGUCCGUUUUUGACUGCCGCCGGGGUGAUUGACCACACACGAAGCAAUUCCACCAACGCUGUGCGGACCCCGGUCCGGAACGCUUCAGGUGCCGUGGGUACUCCUUUGUCGAACUCUAAGCGGGCUUCUGUUAUGCCACCACAUGCCACUGGGCUUGGAGCUCGAACGAUCAGCCCUACCGAUGCACGACGCGCCAAGCGAAUAUCAAUGGCCCCUCCUCCAAUGCCACACACACCUCCCACCCAAACCGAACCUCUUCCCGUUCGUCCUCUAUCUUCAACACAGUCCCCGUCUCAAAUCCCGAGGAAAAGCACCACACCUUCAUCCAACCGAACCACGCCUGAUCCGAAUCGCAAGUCUUACAGCUCGGGGUUGUCUGUUUCAUCAAGCACCAGCUAUAAUUCGGUGCGAAACUCUGGAAGCUCUCUGCAAAACCGCCUGUCUCAGAACCUUUCUUCAUCCCGACUUCCGACACCAAAACCGCGCACUGAGCAAACAAGCUCCAAUGGAGAAGAGGUCCCACCGGUGCCUGCGAUUCCUAAAGCAUACGAAUCGCCAAAAGGUGAAUUUGAUGCACCUGUUUUCCCCGCGCCCCGGAAGUCGAGUAUCCCUACGGAUCUAAGUCUCUUGAAAAUUCAAGAUCCCGACUCUGACACGCACAACCCUGUUGACCCUACCGAAACGAAAGCACCUGAACCGCGAUCACGAACUUCAACUGUCCUAGGUGGACGAAAGGGCUUGCAGCCUUUGAAAUUACCCCCGCUCAAUCUGCUCCCUCUGGGCACACCAAUGGCGGCCAAAAUUGAGGCACUCAAGGACCGAGAUGAGGAGCGCCAGAUUUACACACCCUCCAAUCAAGUCACUUCAAAGACACCCAGUACCCCGAUGACAGCAUCCAAGGCGAAUUUCUGGUCCCGCGAUGAAGACGCCCAAGCGCCUCAAGCGCGCAGCAGCACCUCACACUUUGCUGUCAGUUCGUCAACUGCCGCAUUGAGAGCUUCUAGCAGCACCAGCGCCUUUGAGGCGUUCGAAACGCCAAGCGCAACGCGCAACAUCUCUCCCUACGCGUCUUACACUUUGCCCAAGAGCGGUGCCGAGCUCAACCACCUGCGUCACCAGGCCAGCGCGGAUUACUCCAACCGGACGCAAAACCACAAGUUGACCGGUCCCCGGCCUCAGACACAAAGUGCCAUGUUCACUCCCGCUCCGGAACGACUCAGUCAGAUCUCGACGCCCUCCGAGUCUGAGAGUGUUACUGCUGGCUCCUCCCUUCGGGAUCGGCUCAAGGUCGCACGCCUCCGCAGCAACUCGAGGACACAGAAGGAGGCCGACACCGAUCCAGCCAAGUACGACAAUAUGCCGCCACCCAAACUUCCAGCUUCUGCGACAUGGAGCAAUUUGUCUACGAUCAGCUCCACGAGCCCUAACCUCAAGUCAGCGUAUCUCAAUCCUCGCCGGCAGUCUUCUGUUUCUGGUGCAACCAAUUCGGCGGCUCGGAAGCCGAGUGUCAGCAGCGAGAAGAGUCUGACGCUGGAACCGACUCCGUCCAAUGAGUCGAUUGAAAGUGAUCGCUCUAGACGCUCGCAGAGCACAUACAUUUCCCCGGUUCACAAGAUGAUCAAUAAUGCUCGAUCAAGCGUUGCUGCUGCUCCACGGUCUACUGACGGCACUGUCGAUCCCGAUGUGGCGAUUGCAGACGAAGAGAUGAAACGACUUGGCGCUAAACGCAAAGACUUUGAAAAGGCAGCACGUGUGCUAGACGACUUACGUCGCAAGGCUGGCCCCAAGGACCGUGUGAGUCCCGCCCAAGCCUUGAAGAUGGCGGAUUUGAACAUCUUUGAACGGGGCGAAAUUAUCGACUAUCGGGAGAUCUACUUCUGCGGCACUCAGACCGCUAAGAAGCACGUUGGGGACCUCCACUCCGGUGCGGCCAACUUCGGUUAUGAUGAUGACCGUGGGGAUUAUAAUAUUGUCAUUGGUGACCACCUGGCUUACCGCUACGAGGUCGUCGAUGUUCUGGGUAAAGGCAGUUUUGGCCAGGUUGUGCGAUGUGUGGACCACAAGACCGGGUACCUGGUUGCGAUCAAAAUCAUCCGGAAUAAGAAGCGGUUCCAUCAGCAAGCCUUGAUUGAGGUCAACCUUCUGCAGAAGUUGAAGGAGUGGGAUCCUCAUGGCAAGCACAGCGUGGUCAACUUCACGCAAAGCUUCUACUUCCGUGGUCAUUUGUGCAUUUCGACUGAACUUCUUGGAAUGAACCUCUACGAAUUCAUCAAGGCUCACGAGUUCCGAGGCUUCUCGCUGAAGCUGAUUCGUGUGUUCACCAAGCAGAUGUUGAGCAGUCUUGUUCUGUUGCAUGCGAAGAAGGUUAUUCACUGCGACUUGAAGCCGGAGAAUAUCCUUCUUGUCCACCCCUUGAAUUCCGAAAUUCGAGUCAUCGAUUUUGGUUCCAGUUGUUUUGAGAAUGAGAAGGUAUACACUUAUAUCCAGAGUCGCUUUUACCGUUCGCCCGAGGUCAUCCUCGGAAUGUCGUACGGCAUGCCGAUCGACAUGUGGAGUUUGGGCUGCAUUUUGGCGGAGCUGUUCACUGGCUACCCCAUCUUCCCUGGAGAGAAUGAGCAGGAACAGCUUGCGUGCAUCAUGGAAGUCUUUGGUCCUCCCGAAAAGCACCUGAUUGAGAAGAGCUCGCGCAAGAAGCUGUUCUUUGAUUCCCUUGGCAAGCCGCGUUUGACCGUUUCCUCCAAGGGACGUCGCCGUCGCCCCAGCUCGAAGGACCUCCGACAAGCUCUGAAAUGUGACGACGACGCCUUCCUCGACUUUAUCUCACGCUGUCUCCGCUGGGACCCGGCGCGACGACUUACGCCCCACGACGCGUUGAAGCAUGAGUUCAUUACCGGUGUCAAAGCUCCCCGGCGAAUGUACGCCACCCAGUCGCCCUCCAAGCGAGCCGCCACAGCCGCUCGUCCUCUUCCCGAUCCUCCGGGCUCCACGUUGAAGAGCGGAUUUAUCCGUAGUCGUGAUGUCUCGGGCAAUUCCCCAGUCAAGGGUACUGGCAAACGCCACUCGACCGUGAACGGUCCCCCGUCCAGCCCCGGCAAGCGCGGGUCGAACAAUUCCACAGCUGCAUCUGCACUUCCCCGUGUUUCAGCGCGGAGUAUCAGCGGAAGACCCGACCUCGCUACUGCGGCGGCCGCGACAAGCCUGGUGAGUUAG